AUGAUUACCAAAAAAGCAUUCAAACAAAUGUGUAUCGGACGCAGAUAUAUGCAAUUAUGGAAGGGCAAAAAAGUUUUAUUAGUAGCAAAAUAUACAAGAGUUGAACGUGAACGUCUUGAAAAUGCCAAUGUUUCAGAAAAACAAUUACUGAGUAAAUUAAGUGACCAAGGUGUUAAUUUAAAAACAAUUUUAGAAUCACACAAUGAACAUUAUAAUAUUGUAAAAGAAGUGACUGCUGCAAUAAAUGGUUUGGAUGUUGAAUCAAAAAUUAUAAAUUUGAAGGAUAUCAAUACUGCUGCUGUAUCUUGGGCUGAUGUUCUAAUUGCUAUUGGUGGAGAUGGAACAUUCUUAGUCAUGUCCAGUUAUGUUCAGGACAAUGAAACUCCAGUAGUAGGCAUUAAUUCUAAUCCAAGUUCAUCACUUGGCUAUUUAUGUUUACCAGAAAUCUGUUCUCGAAAUAUACAGAAAACAUUUGAUACAUUAGAAAAAGGAAAAUAUUCAUUUAUAAAUAGAAGACGUAUAAGAGUGACAAUGAAAGGAAAGAGGGAACCACCAGUAAAUAUGUAUCAAGAUUUUGUAAAAAUAAGACCAGAUUCUCAUUCAACUCAUGAUAUGUUAGCAUUAAAUGAAGUAUUUAUUGGUGAUAAAAUGCCAGGAAGAACAUCUGAAUUGGAGUGCCAAUUUGAUGGUAAUUUACCAUUAAAGAUUAAAUCAUCUGGAUUAUGCAUAAGUACAGGAACAGGAUCAAGUGCUUGGAGUUAUUCUUUGAAUAAAAUUAAUAUUGACGAAGUUCGAAGGAUUUUAAAUCUCAGCAAACAAUCUGUAUCAGAACAAGAAUGUAUGAAAAUAGUCGAUGAGUACAAUAAAAAUCUAGUUUACAGUCCAGACUCUGAAUAUCUACAGUACACAAUUCGAGAACCUACAGGAAGAUCACUUUGGCAAUCAAAUGAUGAACUAGUUAAGUCUGAUAAAAUAAAAAAAGAAGCACUUGUUGAAAACCAUUGUGAAGAAGGGUGUAUUAUACUAGAUGGAUUUUUAAUUUAUGCAUUCCCUAAGGGUGCACAGGCUAUUUUAUCCUCAAAACCAGAAGACUCAAUAAAAUCUGUUUGGAUAAAUGUUGACUGAAAUAUGUAUAAUUGAUUUUUGUAUAUUUUCAAUCGGAUUUAAAAUUGUGAUAUUUU